GGACGUUGAAACAGAAACAGUUGGUUGGAGAUACGCCUCCGCGAUUCACGGGUGACGUAUUUCUAGAAAGCGUGCACUAAUUGUCGGGAAACGUUACACACGGGAUACGGCAGAUUCUCCAUUGGCCUGCCCAUUAAUUUGAAACAGGCGGCCACUGUAAAUCAACGCGUCUCGGGAUACGGAGCCGUCACUGUGAGCCAUCGGAACAUUUCGGCCACGAGGUCGUUCGCGCACGACGAUUCUUCGUUCAGUGUGUCGUGAUUCGGGGGGGAAUGUCAUUGGACGCGAUGCAGAUUCUUCGAGGACCACCAGCGUGGAGCGGUUCGACGCGUUGCAUCGGUUUCCUCUCCUCCGGAUGGUUUCUGGAUCGCCCUUUCUUCUGCGAGAGCGACAACGGAUUUUGCCGUCCUCCUCAUUUCGGUCGUCUGCAUGAAGGACUCGAGCUUCGGGGCCUCGAAAGGAUGAGGCGACUCGAGGACGGCCAUGCUCAACGACCGCCUCCGUUCAGGGUGCUCGCGGCACCCGAUUACCUGUCACCCACCGCGAUACCGCCGCCCCCGCCGCGUGCACCCGAGCCCUACAAGAUCGCGCCCUCCUCCACGUCUUCCUCGAGGGCGCACCGGCGGUCCAGCUUCGUGAUCAUCGCGGACUCGAGGCCCGGCUCGCCCGAGACGAGGAGUCCAUCCCCGACCUUGGCCACCGGCAGGGUCUCCCCUUUUCGAGGACGCGGCUUCAAGGGACCACCCCCGCGCUCCAGAUCCAGGCCGCAGUCUCCCGAAAUCGCGAGGAGGGGAAGGAACGAGAGACGAGUUUCAGUCUCGCAACAGAGUAGCCCAAGGAGAAGCCUGAUCCCGCAACCGACACGCCAGCGUUCCACGUCUCUGAGCAAAUCGACGGAGGGGCUCUCCUCGCCGAGGUUGGGCCGGCGCGCGGAUUCGCGGAGCCGUUUGACGGAUUCCAGGAAUCGUUUGAACGGGAACGGCGGCGUGGCCUCUCGCCGACAAGCGACGAGGACGGCCGCCAAGCUUUCCCCGAUCCAGGGGACCCCGACGAAACCGGAGAGGACGCCGCAGUUGGCGGCGAAACGGGAUCGAUCCGCGAAGGAAUCCACGAAUCCGGCGAGGCAACAGAAAUUUGCCGCGUCUCCUUUGGGCCGCAAUGCGUGGAACGCGAAGAAACAAAGCCAAGCUCCCGUUUCGGGGAAAGCGGGGAGCAAGGAGCGAGGAAGCACGUCGCCGUCGAAAAUUCCGCUCAAGACCAAUCGGGUCGGCUCCUCGAAUUCCUUGAAUCCGUCCAGGUUCAUCACCAUUUCCGAUCACCCGUCCAGGAAUAAAAAGGCGGUUGAUAAAGGGUCGAAGGAGGUCGGCGCGGGCAACGAACGCGGGUCUGGGGUCCAGGAGGAUGGUUGCGACGAAUGCGGAGCGAGCGAGAAAGCUUCGAGCCCCGAUCUGCACCUGAUCGAUCUGUUGAAACAGACUUCAACGGCGACAGGAACGUCGAGCGUGGUGAGCACGACGGCGACCACGGCCGUCCAGCCCCUUCACAUCGACGCCAAUGCGAUCCUCCUCGACAAGGAUGGCUUGGAAAAGAAAAAUUUAUCGAAACAACAAAACAACAGCCUUUCCAACAAAUCUUCUUCCAUCAACGCGUCGAACGACGAUCCCCCCGCCAAACAGAAUUCCCAAAAUUCUCAGCUCGUCGGCGAGGAUCACCGCGUCGUCGGUCAGACGAAUCCUCCAGUCUCGAUCAAAUCCACGCACAAGUCUAACGGUAGUAAUCGAACGAAGGGUGGAGCGGAGGGUGGUAGAAACGAUUCUCCGAUUCCCAGCGACGCGGUGAACGAUCGGUCGAGGAGCAACGGCACGGUGACGAAGAGCGCGACCGACUCGGCCCCUCAACGCUCGAACAACAAGAUCCAGAGCCCGAUGAUCGUCAACGAUUAUCCGAAUACGAAGAGUUGCAGGCCUGGCCAACAGGACAACAACAAGACGGAGGAAUCCGUGGCAAUCCCGGGCGUGUCGAACGAGGUCGAGUCGUCGAAGGACUCGACGAGAAAUUCUUCGAGCACGGAGAGGGGAAGCGCGGUGGUUUCAACCGUGAGCAGCGGUUCGGUGGAGGAGGGGAGGACGAUUUCGAGCAAUAAUUCGGGAAGAAGGGUGGCGGGAAUCGCGAAAAGCACCUCGGUCUCCGACCGAUCCUCGAUAUCCUCGAAGGCGAAUAACAGCGUGUCGGCGAGCAACGAGGAGAAAGAAGUGAAGGGGGGGAAGGAGGAGGGGAGGUCGUUGAAGUCAGCCGGGGGGGUGUCGGUCGAUUCGAUCGAGAGCGCGCGUUCCACGGACACUGGGGUGAGCGUGGACACCGUGAGGGGGGUGUCCUCGCCCAGGGAGAAAACGGGGAUGCACGUGGUGAAACGGCCGCAGGAGAUCGAGACGUUGAGCGGGAACGUGGUGCACCUGGAACAGAACGGCGAGCCAGCGGUGCUGGGCGCCGCGAACGGCAUCGGUGUACCCGAGAGGCUUCUCACGCGUUGGAGAAGAUCCCUGACUCGUUGCUGCGAGUGUUGCCCGAGCAUGAGGUGUCUGGCGUGUCGCACGGACUCGAAGGGUCUCACCUGGCCCGGAAACCACGCCAGGAUCAUGAGGAUCGUGAGUAACAGGAACGAGCAACUCUCCGCCAGAGAGAACGUUCCCGCUGGCUGUUGGUCUAAAUUCAAGAACAGGUGCAGAUGCAAACGACUGAGGGAGAUGAAAUGUUGCUCAAGAAGAUCGAGAGUCGCGCCUGCCGAGGCGGCUGUCUGCUGUCCACCGGAAAGAAGAUUCGGCGCCAUUUGCCGGCGUCUGCUCGACAAUUGCAAAUGCAAGCGAAACGCUGAGGCGGAGCGCGCAAGAAGCAUACGUGCCAAGCACAGUCUUACCAGUGUAGCGCCACCUCCUCUAUCGGAGGAACCGAAAGCUAAGAUACCGGAUGUCCUGGUCGAGCACAACUCCUUAAUGCGUGGCGCUAUUCCCUGUCUACCAGUUCCUCUUGCUUGGUUUUGUCUCGUUUGGAACGUAUUACUGCCUGGCUCUGGUACGGUAUGGAGCGGUUUAUUUAACCUGUGCACCGGCCAACCAAGAUUCUCAGCGGUGGCUGGACUGAAAUCGAGGCUGGGCGCGUUCGUGGUGAACCUGGUGGUCGGGGUGGGUCAAUUGUUCACCGUUUUAUUCUGCCUGGUUGGGUGGGGCUGGAGCAUCUGGUGGGGCGUCACUUUGGUCCGUUUAGCGAGUAAGUAAUAUUAACCAUCGAUCCAAAAUCAACUGUUCCCGGUAUGAUAUGCCGGAGGAGGUUUUCGUGCUCUUUUUUUAAUGAGCCAUAAUUCAAGCUAGAGGG